AUGGCUAUCAGACUGGUGGAGACUUUACACCUUGUAUUGUUAUUGUUCGGGUUGAUACAGUUGGCUGUCGCAAGCGCAAGGUUGACUGAUGAUUUUUUCGCUGGUACACGGAGUGGACGUGGUCUAGGAAAGAGAAAUUUUCUCACAGGGCGCUCCAUCGCCCCGGACCCCAAAGGCCUCUACAAACCCCAUAAAAUCAAAGUCCCCAUAGAUCACUUCCCCUACGAUUCACGCUAUGAACCACACACAGACGAGAAGUUCGACUUGCGCUAUUGGUUCGACGCCAGCCAUUACAAAGAAGGAGGCCCCAUAAUCGUCCUUCACAGCGGCGAGACGAGCGGCGUCAACCGCCUGCCCUUCCUGCAGAAGGGCAUCAUGAAAAUUCUCUCCGAGGCAACUAAUGGCCUGGGAGUAAUUCUUGAACAUCGCUAUUAUGGUGAGAGCUUCCCCACCGCGAACCUAUCGACGGAGAACCUGAGGUUCUUGACGACUGAGCAGGCGAUGGCGGAUUCGGCGUAUUUUGCGCAGGAGGUUGUGUUUGAAGGAUUUGAGGGGGUGGAUUUGACGGCGAAGGGGGAAAAGGCGCCGUGGAUUAUUUAUGGGGGUUCGUAUGCUGGGGCUCAGGUGGCUUUCCUCCGCGUCUCAUACCCGGAUAUCUUCUGGGGCGCCAUCUCAUCCUCCGGUGUGCCUAAAGCCAUCUAUGACUUUUGGGAAUACUUCGAAGCCGUCCGCAGAUAUGGCCCACCAGAGUGUAUCUCCACAACACAGAAAUUUGUGGACAUGGUCGACAGAAUCGUAAUGGGUCAAAACAACGCAAAGAUUAUAGAAAGAUUGAAAUCAUUUUUUAAUCUGGGAAAUCUGACACAUAUAGAUGAUUUUGCAUAUGUCCUCUCAUUUGGGAUAACCUAUUGGCAGGCGCGCAAUUGGGACCCGGAAGUUUCGCUGCCAAAUUUUGACUUCUACUGCGGCAACAUCACCGUGGAUGAGUUGUUGUAUAAGAAUGGAAAUUUGAGCGGGGAGGCACAGGCGCUCCUUGCUGCGGCAGGUUAUUUUGCCCAAAUGAGUGCGCUCACGAACCGGCUGCUUAACUUUGCUGGGUUUGUUAAUGUGGAUCAGGUAGUUGGUUGUAAAUCACACAAUCAGACGCUGGAUGAGUGCCUUGGACAACAUGAGCGGCCAUGGUUUAAAGAUGUUGAUCUUUCCCAAGCGGACAAUAGGUGCUGGCCCUAUCAGGUUUGCACGGAAUGGGGGUACCUUCAAGUCGGUAGCACAGUCCCCAGAGACCGAAUGCCCAUGGUUUCGCGCAUGAUUGACCUCGAGUACGCCAGCAUCAUGUGCCGGGAAGCCUUUGGCAUCUUCAAGCCGCCGGAAAUUGAGCGGAUCAACAAAUACGGCGGGUUCGACAUUGAAUAUGAGCGGCUGGCUUUCAUCGACGGAGAAGCCGACGCCUGGCGUGCAGCGUCACCUCAUGCGGAUGCUGUGAGACCACGAGAAAACACCAUUGAUAAACCGUUUAUUUUGAUUGAGGGGGGAGGGCAUCACUGGGAUGAGAAUGGUUUGUUUCCGAAUGAAACAACGCCAGAUCUUCCGCCUCGACCCGUGGCAGAUGCGCAGGCUCAGGAAGUUGAGUUUGUGAAGAAAUGGGUAGAGGCAUGUCGGAACACUUGA